GGAAAAUAUAAAACAUUGUACAGUACGAGAAUGACAGCAAAGUGAAGCCAAAAACUCAGAAAAAUAAAAUAAAUUAAUAAAUAAAAAAAGAGAGAAUAAAGAAACAAAACAAAAAAAAGUAAAACUUUUCUCUUACGCCAUUCGAAGAGAGAGCAAAACCAGAAGAACCGAUGAUUCUUCUUCUUCUUCUUCUUCUCUCCACAAAAACUCAGUAGAAACAUCCAAAACAAUGCGUUUAUUUUCUUUUUUUUCCUGGAAAAAAACAGAGAUUUUGAAGAUGUUAUUAUAGCUUAGAGUUUUCUUCUUAAUUUUAGUUUCCAAGUGUAAAUCUCCUUCCACUGGUAAGAAAGCUUCUGGAUUUCUGUUCUUGCUUAAUGAUACUUUAAUUUCAACCGAUCUCGUUUUAUUACAAAAUCUCUGGUGAUUUCUGCUACUUAAAUAAAUUAGAAUUUUUUUCUUCCUUGAAAUAUGUAAUAAUUGAGGGUCUGGUUGGUGUUUAGUGGGUCAACAAAUCGAGCUGCUUCUUUUGUUAUCUUCUGUGUACUUUCAAAUGAUUUGGUCUCUGAUUUAUGCUGAUCUGUUUAUGUAACUUCAUCAAGCUUAGCUGUUUUGUUGAUCUGUAAUGCAAAGUUCAUUUUUUUUGUUCCCUUUCCUCUCUCUCUCAGUAUAUGGUAUAAUUGAGAUUAGAUGAUAUCUAAAAGAAUUAGCUUUAUCUCAUUUUUAUUCGGUUUUGUUUCAUGAAAUUUGCAGAUCCGAUAUGGGUUUCAUUGGUGUGUUGCUAAGUUAAGAAAGUUUGUACCUUUUUGUAGUUUAGAUAGGUUUGUUUCCAGACAUGGAAAAUCAAGAGGAUUCUUGUGAAUGUGAGGAGCUUCCAUUGAAUCACUUAGGAGAUGAGGAAGAGUUUAGAAGUUGUUGUGGUGAUGAAGAACUUUGGUUAAAGGGUAGUGAUGAUAUAGCUAAAGUUGUAGAGGAGGAGAAAAAAGAUGAUCUUGAUGAUGAGUUCUCUGUUAAGAUGGUCUUUAAAGGAGUCUCGAUAUUCGAAAGAGGAGAUUUGGGUUCUGGUUAUUCGGGAAUUGGUGUUGUGUUGGAGAGGUCAGGAGAUUUGGAGUUGAUUCAGGUUCAGAAGAAGUUGGAUUUUUAUGUCGAAGAGUCUGUAGCUAACUAUUUAGCUCUUAUGGAUGGUCUUGAAGUAGCUUUACAGAACAAUCUCAGCUCUGUGGUUGCUGUAACCGACUCCGAGUUGCUCUAUAAUCAGAUAACUCGUGAGGAGCAGCUCGAGAUCCCUCUUUUAGUAGCUCUGAGAGAAAGGGUAUUGGAGAAAACAAGUAACCUUAAUGGGUUUGUUCUAAAGCUUGCUCCUUUCUGUGAUCUUGAUGAAGCUCUAAGCUUGGCUCAAGUAGCGGUAGGAAUCGUGUCUUCUAAUCUUGAUGGGGAUAAACCGAUCGAGAACUGCUCGAUCUGCUGUGAAGACCGUCAGUCUGAGAUGAUGCUAUCAUUGAAAUGCACUCACAAAUUCUGUUCGCACUGCAUGAAAACGUACGUUGAAGGGAAAGUAAAGACUUCAGAGGUUCCCAUCAGGUGUCCUCAAGUGCAAUGCAAGCAUUAUCUCUCAGCAGCGGAAUGCAAAUCGUUCCUUCCCGUCACUACUUUCAAAUCAUUCGAGGAAGCAAAUGUGUGUAGUAAAAACAAUGGGAAGAUUUACUGCCCAUAUCCCAAUUGCUCUUUUCUGUUAGACCCGCAAGAAUGUCUAUCAUCAGGAAGGGCUAGCUCAAGCUCGUCUACUCAGUCAGAGAAUAGCUGCUGUGUGGAGUGUCCAGUCUGUGAGAGGUUUGUGUGUGUGGACUGUGGUGUUCCUUGGCAUGCUUCUAUGAGCUGUGAAGAGUUUCAGAUUCUUCCAGUUGAUGAAAGAUACCCAGAUGAUAUUACAUUGCAUCGCUUGGCAAGGUAUAAGAGGUGGAGGCGGUGUCAGCAAUGCCGUAUAAUGAUCGAGCUUGCUCAAGGCUGCAACCACAUGACUUGCCGAUGCGGGCAUGAGUUUUGCUACUCGUGUGGAGCAGAGUACAGAGAAGGGCAACAGACUUGCACGUGUGCUUUUUGGGACGAUGAUGAAGAAGAACAAGAAAACGCAGUAGAGGAAAACACAAUUCAAGAAGUUGAGCAAUGGCCUUGGGACACAUUUAACUCAAUUCCAACUGUAAUGGACGCGUACUCAGAGCAAGAAAGAUCUCAGCUUGCUCUGAUCCAAAGGUUCUUAGCAGGUGGAGGGUUUAGUCUCAGUGAUCACCAUACUACUUAUCAGUCACCGCCGCCUCCAUGUACAGAGUCAUCAUAUGUUGAAGCCGCAAUGAAAGAUCUUCAUCAGCUUCCUUGGCUUGAGAGGUUUGUGUCUGUUAUAAGUGAUGAUUACUAUGAAGAGUAUAAUAGCCAGUGAAAGUAGUAGAAUUGUAAUUUAAUAGCCUUGAGGAUCCGGCUUGGUUUGGUUCAGAGAGGCCAAACGAGAGUAUCUCACUCUCGAAAGUAAUUGUUGGGAGGGUUUUAGAUUCUUGAUGAACUCAAACAAACGAAUUGUGAUGAAACUAUUUGCAAUUAUAAGAAGAAGAGUUUGC